UUCUCCGCCGUUAAUUGCCUUCCAUCUGGAGAUAUCCUCCUUCGUAUAUAAAAGCUCAAAGGCACUUUCUUUCCAGGGGACCCCACUCCAUCUUCCUUUCUUCCCUAUCCUUUCCAAUUGAGGGACGUUGUCUCUCCUCCAAUCUCCCCCGCCACCGCCAAAACCCCACAUCCAGCAUGGAUUUGAUAAAGCAGACCUUUGCCAAGUGCAAGCAGGAGAAGCGCGCGGCACUUGUCGCUUAUGUCACUGCAGGCUUUCCGAGACUUGAGGAUACAGUGGAUAUCCUACUCGGUCUGGAAAACGGUGGUGCUGAUAUAAUUGAGCUUGGAAUCCCUUUCACAGAUCCCAUUGCUGAUGGACCUACUAUUCAAAAGGCCAAUACCAAGGCCCUCGAAAAUGGAGUUACAAUCGCGGCAGUCCUCGACAUGGCUCGUACUGCUAGGAGGAAGGGUCUCAAGGCCCCUCUUUUGCUGAUGGGCUAUUACAAUCCGGUUCUUCAAUAUGGUGAUGAGCGUAUGCUUAAGGAUUGCAAGGCGGCUGGCGUCAACGGGUUCAUUAUGGUCGACAUACCACCCGAGGAGGCUGUUAAAUUCAGAGACCUCUGUACCAGUACUGGACUGUCAUAUGUGCCGCUUAUCGCUCCUUCCACGACAGAGUCCCGCAUGAAGCUUCUCUGCAAGAUCGCCGAUUCGUUUAUCUAUGUCGUCUCUCGUAUGGGUGUUACGGGUGCUACAGGAACCUUGAGCUCAGGUAUUUCGGACCUGCUCUCUAGGGUUCACAAUUACUCAGGAAAUGUUCCGGCUGCAUUGGGUUUCGGUGUCAGCACUCGCGAGCAUUUCUUGGAGGUCCAGAAACUUGCAGAGGGUGUGGUUAUUGGUAGCCAGAUUAUAAGCAUUCUGGGUCAAGCUCCUGCAGGUAAGGCAGCUCAGCAGGCUGAAGAAUACCUUUCCAGCGUCACAGGUCGAAAGCUAGAGAGGGAUGCCCAAGGGGUUAUCGUGAGAGAGAUCAAGGUUCUCGACCCGGUGGAGAAGAUAUCUGAGGCUACCAAAGUCAUCACGGAGGUUCAACCCACAUCGGAAGCUGGCAUAGGAGACCAGCUGGACGCGCUCAAUAACGAUGGCAACUCAUCUGCGAUUCCAUCGCGUUUCGGUGAAUUUGGAGGACAGUAUGUUCCUGAGAUUCUAAUGAACUGCCUGACGGAACUAGAGAGAGGAUUCCAGUCAGCCUUGAAUGACCCCAAGUUCUGGGAGGAAUACCGUUCAUACUACCCGUACAUGGGUCGACCUAGCAGCCUCCAUCUCGCCUCGCGGCUGACGGAACACGCUGGCGGCGCUAACAUCUGGCUCAAGCGUGAGGACCUCAAUCACACCGGUAGCCACAAGAUCAAUAACGCCUUGGGCCAAAUUCUCCUUGCCAGGAGACUGGGAAAGACUAAGAUCAUUGCCGAGACUGGAGCAGGCCAGCAUGGUGUCGCGACAGCGACCGUCUGCGCCAAAUUUGGCAUGCAAUGCACCGUGUACAUGGGCGCUGAGGACGUCCGGCGUCAAGCGUUGAAUGUCUUCCGAAUGAAGCUUCUGGGAGCAUCCGUCGUGGCUGUUGAGCUGGGAACGCGAACUCUACGAGAUGCCGUUAACGAGGCUUUCCGCGCCUGGGUCACUCAGUUGGAUACUACACAUUACAUUGUUGGAUCUGCCAUCGGCCCUCACCCCUUCCCCACCAUCGUCCGCACUUUCCAGUCUGUCAUCGGUAACGAGACAAAGGAACAAAUGAAACAGCUCAUCGGCAAACUUCCCGACGCAGUCGUCGCUUGCGUCGGCGGCGGCAGUAACGCAGUUGGCAUGUUCUAUCCAUUCUCAAGCGAACCAAGCGUCAAGCUUCUUGGUGUCGAGGCUGGCGGUGAUGGCAUCGACACAGCUAGACACUCGGCCACCCUAACUGGCGGUAGUAAGGGCAUCUUACACGGUGUCCGCACCUACGUCCUCCAGGACGAACAUGGCCAGAUCUCAGAGACGCACUCCAUCUCCGCAGGUCUCGACUACCCCGGUGUAGGACCUGAACUGAGUUCGUGGAAAGACAACGGCCGAGCCCGCUUCAUCGCUGCCAGCGAUGCCGAGGCACUCACCGGCUUCCGCCUCCUGAGUCAACUUGAAGGCAUCAUCCCCGCCUUGGAGUCAUCACACGCCGUUUUCGGUGCUAUUGAACUAGCAAAGACUAUGAAGAAGGGUGAAAAUAUUGUCCUGAACCUGAGCGGGCGCGGUGACAAGGAUGUCCAGAGCGUUGCUGAUGCACUUCCGACAUUGGGACCUAAGAUUGGUUGGGAUUUGAGGUUUUAGGCUCUUUUUUUUUUUGGCUUUUUCUGUUCUUCUCAAUUAAUUUCCCCUUCUCGUUGGUUGUCUUUGUGGGAUGAAUGAAUGAGUGAAAUGGUCAGCUAACUUGCCUUGCCGUCUUCAUAUCCGGGUGUUUGAAUUUGGCCAAAAAUGUAAAAAAAUAUGGUUUGGCUGGUCAGUUAGCUAGGUAGAUAAAAAUCCAUCAUGGAUGUGGCAUAGUAGUAUAAUACCGCUUGUACGUUUGAAUGAGCUACUCUGUAGAUAGAGAGCCCGUCGUCCAUGAAGGAGGCUAUAGUUAUUAGUUACCAAAAAGAACAAUAAAU